AUGGGCAAAUUUUUAUAUUUGCUUCAAUUGCUAUUGAUCGGUGUAUCCUCUGAAAAAUGCGAAGCCGGGUAUUAUCUAAGUGGAGUUGAUUGUGUAGAGUGUAAAGAUGGAUAUUAUUCAGUUAAAGGAACUGUUGACGAAUGCACAAAAUGUAACGAGUUGUGUGCGGCCUGCGAUAAAACAAAUGGGAAUUGCACAAGUUGUGUUAGUGGGUGUAGUUUCAAUGGUCGCAGCUGCUCAUUGUGUCCAGCUGGGUAUUUUUCAAAUGGUGGAACACAAUCAUGCACAGUGUGUCAUGAUGGUUAUUACUCGCUUGGUGGUGCUUCUGCGUGUUUAAGUUGUGAUUCUACAUGUAAUAGUUGUGAUAAAACCAAUGGCAACUGCACAACAUGUAAUUCUGGUAAUAUCUUGACGGAUGGCAGAUGCACACUAUGUCAGGCAGGGACGUAUCAAAAUGGCGAUGUGUGUGUGGAGUGUCCGACUAAUACAUAUUCAUCAAAUGGUUUUGCUUUAUGUAGAAAGUGCGACACGACGUGUCUGACAUGCAAUUCAACGAAUGGGUAUUGCACAUCGUGUCAAAUUGGAUAUGCCACCAACAACGAAGUGUGUACAAUGUGUGCAAGUGGAUAUUAUGAGCACAAUAACGCAUGCAAGCCGUGUGAGAAUGGGACGCAUUCAUCGACAGGUGGGAGCACUGAAUGCAAGCCGUGUCAGGGUGGGUAUUACAGUCUGAUUGGGUAUUCUGAGUGUGUACAUUGUGAUGGUCUGUGUGGUGAUCACUGUGAUACUGCAAGUGGGAAGUGUCUGAGUUGCAUAAGUGGAUAUGUCUUACAACCAACAGGCGAGUGUGUUGGCUGUGAAGGUGGGCAAUAUGCAAAUACAGCAACAAACAGCUGCAAGUUGUGUGCUGCUGGAACGUAUUCAGAACAGAAUGCGACGUCUUGUACAAGUUGUGUUGAAGGGUACUAUUCCUUUGAAGGUGCCACCAGAUGUAAGGCAUGUGCAUCUGUUUGCAACACCUGCAACAAAACAACUGGUGUGUGUCUGACAUGCUAUACUGGAUAUCAACUGAACGCUUCGCAGAGCUGUGAGAUAUGCCAACGUGGAACACACUCGUAUGGCAUAAAAUGUGUUGAUUGUGAAGAGAUGAAAUACCAAAGUGAGGAGGGGCAGUCUCUCUGUCUUGCAUGCAACACAAACUGUGCGUCGUGUGAUAAAACAAAUGGAAAGUGCACCACAUGCAAAGCUGGAUAUGGUUAUGAUGAUGGAAAUUGUACAUUGUGUCAUGAUGGCAACUAUUCCACAGGUGGGACUGGCAGUUGCAAACCAUGUCCAAUUGUUUGUGAAAAAUGCAUCAGAGAAAGUGGCGUGUGCUCGUUGUGUCCAUCUGGUUUUAAGAAAAUUGGAGAUAAUUGUACAUCUUGUUCAUCAAAUGGAAAUUGCAAUUCGUGUAAUUCAAACGAAAAUGAGAGCAACAGGGUGUGUGUUGAAUGUGCAGAGAAUUACUAUUUAAAUGAUGAAGACAACAGCUGCAACUUGUGCAACACAAUUGAUCCCAAUUGUGUGAAAUGUUCACAAAGUGCAAAAGUGUGUGUUGCAUGCAAAGACGACUUUGUGACAGAUGGCACUUCGUGUUACAAAUGUGGUGCAAGCGAAGUCAAAAUCGACACACAAAGCUGCAUGAAAUGUUAUGACGCCAUCAACAACUGCAACGACUGCACUUUCACAAACACCACCUUUGUGUGUGUUAGAUGUUUUGCGCCAUAUGCGGUGUCAACUAACAGCAAGUCGUGUGUGUUGGGUUACACCGAAGGUACUUAUUACAACUACGACAUAAAGACCUCAACAUUGAAUUAUGAUAAUUGUGUGAGACAGGUGAACGCAACGUGCAUACAAUGUAAAAACAGCAAUCUGCUUGUCAACGGGAGUUGCAUUGGUGUUGAAAGUAACUGCGUAAGACACUCGACAACGACGUGUGAUGUGUGUGCGACAGAAAUCAUCACAACUACAAACUGUGGAGAAAUCACAAAUAACUGCAAAUACACAAAAAUAGUGAAUGGCGUUGGUGAGUGUCUCCAAUGUCAAAGUGACGAGUUGUGUGGACUGCAACAACAGCACUGCGCAAUAUCAAACAACUCGUUUUGUUAUUUGGCAGCAACUGGAUAUUCUUCAACAACAAAUGGAAUAAUGGAGUGUAUGAGUGGCAGUGUUUGUAUUCAAAUCAGGUCUGAUGAAAUUGAUUAUAAGUGUUAUAAUCCAUAUGUGUUUGAUGGCAAUUACAAAUGUCAUGACGAUGUCAAAUGCAGCACAACCAAGUCAAGUGAUUGUGUUGAAUGCGUCACAAAUCACCACAUUGAAGACUACGCAUGCACACAAAACACAAUUGCAAAUUGUGAAAUCCAAAACAAAGACAUCUGCAUUAAAUGUGAUGCAACUACAAUCACAUCAAAUGGGAAGUGUUACUCAACUGACAAUUUGGAUUGCGCCGAGUUUGAUGAUGUGUGCAAAAAGUGUUCAGCAGACAAAUACAAAACACUUGAGAAAUGUGAGUUGGUUGAAACACAAUUCCCAUCAUGCCAGUCUGUUAUUGGAGAACACUGUGCUGAGUGUAAAUAUAACAACAAUUUAAUCGACGGCAUUUGUGUGACAAACACACUACAAAACACAACAAACAAUUAUUUUAAAUACAUUUCAAAUCAAUUGCAAAACACACAACAAAAAAAUUAUAAAAGUGGCACCAAAAUAUUAUUAAAAUUGGAAGAAAAAGACGAGUCGAAUUGCAUUGAAAAGAGUUCAAAAGGGUGUUUGCGAUGUGCUGACACGUAUUACAUUGAAAACGGCGUUUGUGUGAAGUGCGAAUACCCCUGCACACACUGCUCAAAUCUGACAUUCUGCACAAAGUGUGACCAAUACUCGUAUCCAAACACAAAUGGGAAUUGCACAACUCUUGGAGAAAUCAUUACAACAUGUUUGGCGAUGAUGCCAAAUUACGAUGGAUGCGCUAUUUGCAAAGAUGGAUACAAACGAUCCACCGAUGGCAAAAGUUGUGACAAAUGCGAUGAAUCUUGUGCAACAUGUGAUGUCUUUGGUAAUUGUAUUGACUGCAACAACACAUUCUAUCGAGUUGAUACAAGUGACAAAUACUGCAGACCACAAAGUGAGUUAAUUGGAUGUGUCAAUUCGAGUACUUAUGGCUGCUUGAUAUGUGGCGAUGGGUAUUAUUUACACACAAAUGUGUGUGAUAAGUGUGAUGACAAUUGCACACUCUGUACAUCACUGACAGAGUGCACAAGUUGUGUUGUAACACAUAUUUUAGUCGACUCACAGUGUGUCCAUUUCUCGAGUAUUUUAAAUUGUGUUUCUGCAUCAGACAACAAGUGCAUGCAAUGUGCUGACAAUUUCAAAGUCAAUACAGAAGGCACUCAAUGCGACAAAAAGACGAACUAUGGCUUGGUCGUUGUUCUUCCAAUUCUUUGUAUAUUAUUAUUAGUAAUAAUACUAUUUAUUAUUAUUAUAACAACGUUGAUCGUUAUACACCGAAAUCACAAAAAAGAACAAGAAAAAGGAAUUUGCGUGUUUGAAAUGAAACGUUCGAAUGUUUCAAUGAAAGUACUCAAAAAUGGGGUAUUAACAAACAAAACUGAAAUUAAUUACAACGACUCGAAUGAAUUUAUUCCAGUGGAAGCGGAGAGUAAAGAACUUCUUUGUGUUGGGAACAAAAAAAAAGGAAAUCUAAAAGUUCAAAUCACCACACAAAGUUCUUCUGAGAAAUACACAAUCAGAACAGAACCAAAAAUAGUGACUUUGAAGAGUGGAUUUGCAUGUGAAUUUGAAGUCUUUUUAACUCCCCAUUGUACACUCAGUUUGGAAGACAAAAUCGCGAUUGUCACUUUAGAUAUAUCAACAGGGGAAAUGGCGACUUUCCCAAUAAAUUUGUUUGUUAAAACAGAGAAGACGACGCGACUUGACUUCGAUGAUAUCGUUGAAGAGAAGAAACUUGGGGAAGGGUCUUUUGGUAUUGUCUACAAAGGAAAAUAUGAAGGCGCUGUUGUUGCUAUUAAGAAGAUGAAAGAAGCAAAUAACACUACAAGUUCAAUUGCUGAAUUCGAGAAAGAAGUUUCUAUGUUAGACAAAUUUAGAAGUGAUUACAUCAUUCACUUCUAUGGCGCUGUUUUUAUACCAAACAAGAUUUGCAUGGUCACCGAAUUUGCAAAAUUUGGCAGUUUACAAGACUUAAUUAAAAACAAAAGAAGUGAAAAAAUCGAGACUAAGUUGCGAGUAAAAAUGAUGAUAGACGCAGCUAAAGGAAUUCUGUAUUUACAUUCAAAUGGGAUAUUACACAGAGACAUCAAGCCAGACAACAUUCUUGUGUUAUCACUUGAUGUAAAUGAAAAAGUCAAUGCUAAAUUGACAGACUUUGGAUCAUCAAGAAAUAUCAAUAUGCUGCAAACUAACAUGACAUUCACUAAAGGUAUUGGAACACCAAAAUAUAUGGCGCCUGAGGUGUUAGACAGAAAGAAAUACAAAAAAGCGUCAGAUGUCUAUUCGUUUGCUAUAACUAUGUUUGAGGUGUUACAAUGGGAUUUUGUGUUCAAAAAAGAUGAUGAGAGGUUUCAACAUGUCUGGAAUAUCGCCGAUUUCAUUUCUAAUGGUAAACGAUUUGCCAGACCAAAUAAUAUUUCGAUGAAUGAAUUUGAUAUCAUUCAAAAUGCUUGGGCACAAGACCCCAAAGAUCGAAUUUUAAUUGGAAAAGUUAUUGAAAAACUGGAGGAAUUAAAUCAUUGA